AUGUUUGCUCACGUCAGCCGCACGCGUGUGGCGUGGGGCGUAGGGGACGCGGCGGGAGGGUGCGCGCUCCUGUUGCACCGCCUCACCGGAUAACCGCCGCUCUCUGCUCGGGAUUUCUCCAUCCUUUUUUAAAAAAGAAAUGAAAAACCAAACCGUACAGGUCACGGAUCAGCAGGAGCAGGACCCUUCCCGCGAUUCCAGCGAGUGGAUCCGACCUUGCGUGAGCGUGGAGCGCGUUUCUGUGCGCCUUUUUUUCCUCUCUCCAAUGCGCCCACCCUCGCCUAUUAGCUGAGGAGAAGGAGGGGGAGAGGGAGAGAGAGAGAGAGGGAGAGAGUUCUGGAUUGGAGAGGAGGCUAAUUUACGAGUCUUGUUUUGUCUUUCAGGAGAAGGGGAGAUCAGAGGGGGAGGGUGGUUGGUGAAGGAGAAUGCAGCAAUCACAUUGUUAAGCAUGAAGCAGAAGCGGAGCGCUUCCGGUUCCUAGGCUGCUGUCUCCCCCCCAUCCGAGGCCACAGCAGCCGUAUGGGGAAAGCAGCGGCGGACACAGAUGGCAUGGACACUUGCACAAGGUCUGCCGCUCUGCCCUGCCUGCUCGCCGCCGUCUCUCUCCGCCAGCUCGCUCCGCCGCCCAGCAGCACUGCAGCACAGCACAGGCUGACGGCAUGAGGCUUGAUCCGGUGCACCUCUCCAUGCUGGUCAUCGGGGUCUCCUUCGCCUGUUACGCCCCGAGUCUCAACUCCCUGCAGGACCAGGCGUACCGAGCUGCUGUGGUCAUCGAGGGCGAGGUGCGCUCCUCCCCGGAGAACGUCUCCUCCCGGGAGCCCUACAGUGUGAAUGUCAGAGUGCUGGACGUGUGGCCCGUCAACAGCGGCGGCCUCGAGAGGGAGCAGCUCGUCACUGUCGGGGACUUCGGCUCGGAGGCCCCGUGCACCACGCUGGAGAAGGACCACAGAUAUAUCUUUUUCAUGGACCCCACGGCCGAGCCCCUGGUGUUCAAGGCAUCGUACGCCCCCGUGGACGCCAGCGAGCCGGAGCUGAAGAAGGAUGUGGAGCGAGUGUUGUGCGAGGACUGCGCCUCUGCUCCUCGACUGCGGUUGAUGCGUGGUCAGUCACUAAUAGAAGGGGACAAGCUGUACUUGAAGUGUGAGGCGUCGGGAAAUCCAAGCCCUUCCUUUCGCUGGUACAAAGACGGACAUGAGCUCCAGAAAGGCAGAGACCUCAAAAUCAAGACCAAUAAAAAAAACUCAAAGGUGCAGAUCAGCCGAGUCCGAGUGGAAGACUCGGGAAACUACACCUGUGUGGCCGAAAAUUCGCUGGGGCAGGAGAACGUCACCAGUAUAAUCAGCGUGCAGAUCUUGACGACCACCACGCCGUCGCCUGGUGUGAGUCAUACCAGGCGCUGCAACGAAUCAGAAAAGACCUACUGUGCUAACGGAGGAGACUGUUACUUCAUUCAUGGUUUAAACCAGCUGUCCUGCAAGUGUCCCAAUGACUAUACGGGGGACCGCUGUCAAAACUCCGUCAUGGCCAGUUUCUACAAGCUUCUCAGAUUUGAAUUUAUGGAGGCUGAAGAGCUCUACCAAAGGCGGGUGCUGACGAUCACAGGCAUCUGUGUGGCGCUGCUAGUGGUUGGCAUCGUUUGUGUUGUCGCCUACUGCAAAACCAAGAAGCAGAGGAAGAAGAUGCACAGCCACCUACACCAAAACCAGAAUCAGUGUUUGGAGCAACCAAACCGCAUGCUCGCCAAUGGGCCCAACCACCCCGGUCCCGGUACAGACGAGAUCCCCAUGGUUGACUACAUCUCCAAGACAGUUCCUACGACAGAGUGUGUGAUCAGUCACGGAGCAGAAGGUGCAGGGAACUACGCAGGCAGCCGCAUGUCCACCCGCUCCCACCACUCCACCACUGCCUCACAUGCAUCCAGACACGAGGAGCAGACGUGGAGCAUGGAGCGGACAGACAGCAUGAACUCAGACUGCCAGUCGGGCGGACUCUCCAGUUCUGUGGGGACCAGUAAGUGCAGCAGCCCAGCAUGCAUGGCGAGGAGAGCGGCCCACUGGGGUUGCGGGGACGUGACGGGCCCAGGGAUGCAGUACGGGGACUCCUACGACUCACUACGAGACUCACCUCACAGUGACAGGUAUGUGUCAGCACUGACCACACCAGCACGCUUGUCUCCAGUGGAGUUCCACUACCCCCCGCUGCCACCCCAGGUGCCCACCUUUCAGAUCACAUCGCCCAACACAAGCCACGCCCUCUCGCUCCCCCCUGCUGCUGCCGCCUACCACAGAGAGGACGACCAGCCGCUGCUACGAUGCCCCGAUGACCGGAGUCUGUACAGGCAGCCUCGUCGACCACGCAGACCCUACCUGACAGAGAGCACAGGAAGUCUACCGUCCAGUCCCUACCGUCUCCCUGACGAAGAGGCUUAUGAGACCACGCAGGAAUACGCCUCUUCAAGAGAACCCAUCCGAAGUCGAAGACGCCCGAGACGCAAUCGCCUCAACGGACACAUCUCCCAGCGGCCAACAGGCCAGCGGGACUACAGCUCGCAGAGCUUUAGCCAAUCAGAAGAAGAAGAGGAGGAGGAGGAGGACGAUGAUGCUCACGGGGAGAGCACGCCUUUCCUAAGUAUGCAGAACAUGAACGUGGACCUUCCCUUGUCCGUCCCGGGUUUCCGUUCAUCGUCGGGUGCGGACACGCGGACUCACCGUGGGCAAAGUCGGUCGGGGACUCGCAGCAAUGGCCGCAGCUCCCAGUCACAGCGUUCCAAAGCCGACAACAUGCCCCUUUAAGACUAAACCCGGACCCUCCUGCCACCCCCCCGCCCACACCUCACACGUCCCCCUCCCUCCUACACAUGACCAGUGGACUAGAAAGCCGCACCUAGGAGAAAUAUUUUUAUUUUGUAUAACAGACAGAUAUUCUAAACAAAUGAAAUAUUUAUUUUCAUUUCAGCAAAAAUUGUCUACUAGCUAACAGCAAAGACUUUUUUUAUAACGGGGGGGAUAUUUCUAUGUAAAGUUUUUUGAUUUACAGCAUUAUGAGAGAUGAAAAAAGAACUACGUGCCAAUUUUUUCACGAGUUAGAUAAAUAGAAUAAUAUUGUGGUGCCUUUUGCUGUAUGCUGAAGUCGGAGGUCCCGUUGAGUUUUUGUAGCCUUUCUUAUGAAGACUCCUCGUUUUUAUAUAGACCGACCCCCCUCCUUCCUUUUGCUUUGGUUUUCUCUCUGAUUUGGGAUCCUCCUCUUUUUGAACUGUGAUCUGAUUAUGUCAUCAUGCAAUAUCGAUUCCUCCUGUGUUAAAGGUGUCUGUUUACAUGGUCCCUAUCCACGCUAUGUUUCACAGGGACGACUCGAAGUGUAGGAUAGAUAUUGCUCGCAAGAUUCUGGAUGGAUGAACAUGCGUCAGUUAUGUCUUCGUUCGCUGCCUGUCAAUCAUCUGUCGUUAGUGUCAGGGUGUCUCCAAUGGAAAGUGACCUCAGAUGCCUGUGUUGGUGUUCAGGGUGCUGCCAGGAGUGCGUAUGCGUGUCCUGAAGCCUCUUUGGGUUGGCUCUUCUGUUCACCCUCCGUGUGGUCUCUCAUCCGACCGCUCCUCUCACCACCCUCGCGCUGCCAGAAGCUCCAUUGCACUGUAAGCCCCUCGCUCCAUGAGCAGUCGUUGGCCAGGGAGCUGCCGAUCCAAACCCACCCAACCAAUCCAGUUGUAAUCCAGCCUGACUCCGGCCUCCCGUGGACUGCCCGCUCGUUUCCUAUGCCAGCAGCUUAGAGCCGCACUCUGUCUCAGGACUUUCCCGUCACAUCAGCCAAAAGACUCAAGCAAGAGAGCUCCUCGUCCAUCGUCCACAUGUCCUCGCUGUCCUUCGGUGGGUCAAGACCAAGGAAGCCUGUUGCUUUGUGUGUCAGUGUGUGUGUGUGUGUGUGUGUCUGUGUGUGUGAAGGUCAUAAAAGAGGCGGUGAUGCUGAGGCCACAUAUCUUCACUCUGAAGCGGGGCUGAGGAAUAAGCCCCCGCUGCUCACUCUGGGUCCCUUCUGUCCUUUUUUUUUUUUGUACAAAUAUUCCUAGAAGCUUUGCAGGGUCCCUCAAAGUAAGAAAGUCACCACGAUCACCACGAAAUGUCUUGAUGGUGCAGGAUCGCACUGCGUGAGAUUGUGCUCUAUCACACAGCCAAAUACAUAACUGCAACCUAGACUCGUAUCAAUAUACUUUUGAUUACUUGGCUUGGUCAUAUUGACUGAUUGAUCUGUUGUUCGUCCGUCCUUGGCAGCGUCCACACUGUGUUUUCAAAUAAGGAUCAACAUCGGCUUGAUUUCAACCCAUGUUUAUACUACUGCCGCCACAAAAAUUGGAAUCUUUGAUGAACCAAACUAGCAGCAUUUUGUAGCAGGAAAUUUGGGCCUGUGUUGGCUGACAUCUAUUUACCUAACUAAACAGCACACAUCCAUUUUCUUAUAGAAUUGGACAGUUUUCAGUAAGGCAUGCCCAGAACCCUUCAACAGGGACACGUCCACAGAUUCAACGGGCUUCUUCCCAUCAAGAGGAGCAGCAGUUCUAGUUCAAGUCCUCACCUCAUCUCACUCCAGCGAGAGUUCAUUUUCCUAUCUUGGAUCUUGUAUUCUUUCAAUCGCUAUCCAAAGCCUGUGACUCUGUUGUGUAAAUCCACAGCUCUGCCUUUCAGCUCAUCUCAUUUCUCAGCAUGACAAAUCUUUGCAGUCCUCAUGACAGACACACACGUGCCAGCCAUCUGUCCAAUAGCUCCAUCAAAAACACGACAAUACUCGUCUUGCAUCAUUGUCUGACACUUGUCGUGAAGUGUUCAACACAAACCAUUCGUCAUUCAUAUUACAUUCACUCUGGUGUUGUUAAGCUACAAGCCAAUGAGCACAAAACUAGCGCCACCACAAUCAUUGGAAUGUAUUCUUGCGGUGGAUACAGUGUUUGGCACCCAGCCAUUGAAAAGGCGUGGGAUUAGAACCGACAGCCCUCCCUAUGAACACCUUCUAAGGAGCCACUCCCACCUCAGGCUACACACAAGUCCUUGACCGCCACCCUUCUGUGCUAAAGGCGUUGGAAUUAACUCUUAUUGCUGACCUAAGAAGCACCAAGCUCUUGCUUGGCUUGUAGUUCUUAGUUGUAAACUCAUACAGACUGGAUACAGAUCACGCUCCCUGCCUUAACUAUGUUUCCCUGUAGCAGCUAGUUGUUGGCAUUAUUUCAUUAGCCUACACGGAGCGCACACAACUCCUCCCUAGCAUCAGCUGGUCACCACCAUGACCAUGUGACGUGCCACCAUCAAAUCUUUUGAUUCAAAACUUGAACCUGGCUUGUUGUCCUAUCAACAAUCCAGUGUGUCCCCCGGUUCAGAAACCCGAACAUUAGCACGUCAUAUUUGCCCUUUAGGGAUCUAAAUAAAAGUCGGCACUGGAUCAAGUGGAACAUAGAUGCAAGCUAUGACAUACAUAUGAACUACUCAUGGAAACAGGUAAAAACAAAAUAAGCACUCGAGUACUAUUACAAGUCCCACAGUGUACUGCAACAACCGAAGCUUUAACACGGUCCGAGCCAAAGGUUUCGAUGAAGGCCAAUAGACUUACAACGGCUCUUCCUGUUUGCACUGAUGAAAGUAUAUGGCGGGUCAUGUGACAUUCACAUGCAGCAAUAUGUCAAGCUAAAGUAGAUUAAAUCCUUACUUGAAAACUAAAGUGUGGAUGCACCAUGUGUGGAAAGCCCCAAACCCACCACCGUGCAGUGCCCACACAGCUUCAUCUCCCCCCACCUCCCGGUUCCUCCUCAGAAGCAACUAGAUGCAGCGAGAGUUUGGACUCCCAAACAGCACACGCAGCAGCUUCUCCACAUUCUGUAUACUUUGGGCCUAGAGACCCCUCCACUGAGGAAAAUGACACUGUGUUGCAUUUGUGUCCCAUUUUGAUUUGUUCCACAGGACAUGCAUGGAUGACAGGUGUAAUGUGGUGAACUAAAAAAUAAAGUGGAGCCCUGUAGAAUCACUGAAUCCUUCUAGAAUUACCCAGAAAAAAAAAAUGAAGCUUUAUUUGGCUUUGUGGCCCAAAGUUGGCUCGUAUCGUCCUCUAUCACUGUAACCAAUCUGGGGAUUUGCAACGUGGAGUAACUGCAAGUGAGGGUAGUGUGCUUCUAGAGUUAGUUGAGCUGUUAACCCCCUCCCCCUCUCCUCACCCUGCACUAACACCCGCCCCCCGCCCCUCCCCCCGCCCCUGUACAUACACACCUGAACUACAUGCAGAAGUCAUGAGCAAGCACACACUGUGACACACACCCACGACUCCUCCGCCACGGUCGUCAAACAGUUCUGUCUUUUUUUUUCUACCAAAUGGCUCCCCCUCCUCCUCGCCUCCCCUCCCCUCCCCCUGCAUGUCCUAGUGGUACUGGUAGUUGGGUGCAUGGAUAAAGCAGCAAGCAAAUAUUUUUUUUUUCAUUCGGUGAAAAAAAAAGAUGAAAAACGUGUCUUCAUUUUAACAUUCAGCAAUAAAUCCCCUGAACUUCAUGUCCGUCAUUCUUGGAAUAUGCUAGAAGAUUUUUUGCAAGUUUUAUCAAAAAACUAAAAAACAUACUACUUGUAAAAGAAGAAAAAAAUUCCCAAACCAUCCCUUCAUAUGAAAAAUAAAACUUUAUUCCAAAUAUCUUGACUUUGUGUGUCCUUGUGGGGUGAACCUGCAUUUGUACGCAGGCUUGAUGAAUACUUUAAAUUGUGCGAUAGUUCACAUCAUUUAUGGUGUGUGUGUGUGUAAUGUGUGUACGUUUGCAAAAAAUGUGUUUGAGCUCUUCUGACAGCUCAUGUUUGUGUUACCGUGAUAAAAAGUAUUUUGUUUUGUUGGAAUAUUUGUGCAAAUGUUUGUAAAGCUCUAUUUUGUGUGUCACAUUUCAGUUUUGGGAUAUAUUGUACAUUAGAAUAUAUUGUGUAUGAAUGCAUUAUACUUGUUUAUACUGCCUUGUGGGGACCGAUUCUUGACAAAGCAAUAUCUUUACGUGGACCUUGUGCCUUCAUGGGGAGGGACUCCAUAAGGUUCGUUAAGCCUCAAUCUGAGGAAGAAGGUUUCAAAGUAACUAGGUCAUUAUAACUGGGUUUAGGUUCGGGGUA